CGUGUUCAGUUCGUUCGUUCUGUGUACUGUGAAUACAAUGCGAAAUUCUCUAAUAAUUCUGUGCUUUCUAUCGUUGACAUGGGUCAAUUUAAUUUCAGGUCGUAGCGUGGAUCAGGAUGCUCCAGUAUUGACUGACGUCGAAAAGCUCAGCAGGCUCGAGUUUCUUGAAAAACAGAAUUUAGAGUAUAAAGAGCGACUGAGUGAAUAUGAGAAGAGCGAUUGUCAAAUGUUUAAAAACUCCUCCGAUAUUUACAUCGUUUAUUUGCCUGGAAUUGAACCUUUUGCCGCACCCUGUGAAUCACGUAUUGAGGAUGGCGGAUGGACUGUUAUUCAGAGGCGACUCGAAGGCAACAUCAACUUUCAGCGAAGCUGGAAUGAAUAUCGAGAAGGUUUCGGCGACUUGAGAGGAGAUUUCUUCAUUGGCUUGGAGAAGCUUCAUAGAAUGACCACAGCGCAUACACAGGAAUUAUUAGUCUUUUAUGAAAGAUCGCUUCUGGAGACGACGCAAGAAAUAUACCGCAAUUUCUUAAUUGGUUCCGAACAGGAAGAAUAUGUGCUAAAGUCAGCAAAGUCGAACGGGUUACUUGGAUUUAGAGGAACUAUUGGCAAAAAAUUCUCAACCUAUGAUCGAGAUAACGAUGAGUAUUGGUUGGAUAACUGUGCGAAAAUUUAUAACGGUGGCUGGUGGUUCGGCAAGUGCAUCCCAGAAGUUGUCGCCUCCAAUCCGAAUGGACCCUAUUUGCCCGAAGUUACCUCUAAAUCUAGGGGAAUUGUGUUUGCGGGCUUCAAAGGUAUUCGAGCAGUGCAAAUGAUGAUUCGUCCACAAAGGAAAGAGGAUAAAAAAGAUCCAUUUGGCUUGAAGUGGGAGUAGCAGCAUACAUUAAAUAAUUACAUCAAAUGUAUUUUAUUAUUUGUGUUGCAGCUUUAAAAGUGCAACAUGUAACAUGAGUUGAAAUAAUAUGAUCCAACAGGAAAUAAAAAACAUUACCACAACUUUUUCAUUACAAGAACAGAGUGCCGAGAGCUAUUCAUUCAGUGGCCAGUGAAUGGACUCAUAGAUACUCGUCUCUGAGUAAUGACACAAAAAGGCGCCAGCCUUUUGAUGCUCUUCCCGCAAGCCCCGCAAGCAAACAAACAAACACAAGAACAACAACUAAAAAAUGACAAAAACUAAUGAACUCGCUCUGGACACAGUGGCUACAAAAAUGUCCAGUGACAAAAUGCCAGCAAUAUGUAUGAGUGUGUGUGUUUGUGUGUACAUGUAUGUGAAUGUGUGUGCUGUGACCCUGUCAUAAAUAUUCUAUGUAAAUACGGAAAAUAUGAAAUUAAAUAUAAUAUCCAUGACCACAGCAAACGGGAGCA